UGAACAUUGUAUUAUUACAGGAACCCACCAUCUUUGCCUUCAGAUUCUUUCUUUCGUGAUCAGUUCACAGAAGAAUUUAUAGAACAAAGACGACAACUAUUAGAAUUAUUUAUGUUAAAAAUUUUGAAUGAACCACUGUAUUUGUCAAACAAAGCACUGCAUCUUUUUCUUCAAAGUCAUUUAUCGAUGAAAGAAAUUGAAAGUAUAGUAUCUGGUAAUUCAUGUUGUCCACCGGGUAAAUUAGAAGAAAGUGCAUUUUUUGUUGACUCUUGUGCCUCGGACAUUUCUUCCAAUAUUUCUGAAUGUCCAAGCUGUGAUUCACUCGAUGCUUCAGUUUCCCAUAGUUCUUCUUCAAAUAAGCAAGUGGCCUUGCUGAGUAUCAACCAAGAGGCAUUUGUAGCUUCGUUGCCAUUUCUGGACUGCAAUACUGACAUUCAUAUUACAAAAGCAUGUCGUCAUUCUAAAUCAUGAUUAUUGUAUUUAUAAAUUAUGCAAAUGAAUUUCAUUAUUUUUUAUAUAAAGUGCCAUUAAAAUUUUUUUUCACUUGGAAUUUAAAAUUGAAUAUUUCAAAUUGUGAAAAUAUCACAUUUACAUAAAAAUAAGAUGCAAACUAGUUUUUAAAUUUUCAACAAACAAUUGUGAUAAAUAUGAUAAAGAAUGUUUCUUAUAUUACAAAUAUAUCUGUGAUAGUGCUUUAUUUGUACAGGGCCGUCCUUAUCAUUCUUAGCUGUACCAUCAAUUUCUUUGUACAAUUAACUCAAACUAUUUAAAAACCAAAAUUACUUUUUUGAGAAAAAAUCAGUAUUAAAUUUCAUUUAGUAACUAUGGACUUUUUCAUCAUCAUCAUCAUCAUCAAUGUACUUGUUUAAGAUAUUCUGUCAAAUUGACAUUAAUGUAAAACAGAUGUUCGUUGUUCAGUUUUUUAAAUGAUUUAAUAUUUAACUGCAGUACAAUACUAAAUUGUAUUUAAAUUUAUAAGAUUCCAAAAUCAGUGUUAUAGUGUUCUGCAUAACAUUAUGAAAUUUAGUAAUUUAAAAUUAUUGCCAGUUUUAUUUGAAUAACAAUAUCCUCUACUAUUGUUGGAUUUCUGAAAAGUUAUUAAUUUUAUCUACCUAUGUAAGUUAAUAAUUUAGAAACAAAUAAUGUGUUUAUUUAGCAAACAAACUUUAAUUUUCUAUUAAAAAUACACCUGUUCAUUUUCUGAUAGUGGUAUGUAAAAA